GUGUAAGCAGCCUGUGUGUAGAAGAAUGUGCACUUGCUGCUUAGUGUGUAAGCCGGAAGCUAAUCUAGGAAAUACCUUAGAAUUCUGUUUACUUCUUUAAGAGACAGCAAUUUGUUACCAGAGCUUUUGCGGUGGCCACUAAUCUGCUGCCACCUGAGACCAUGAAACAAAGCGUGCAACAUUUCUAGGGCAGCGUAAGUAAGGGAAGACUAUCCGAGUUAAAAUGACACCGCUUUGACAGUUUACAUUGGUCAUUGGUAUGUUUAACUAUAAAAUUUUAAUGAUCUGCACAUCAGAGAAUACGAACAUAAAGAAAAAUUACACUUGCUGUGUAGAGGAUGUUCCUGGUCUAUUCCUGCUGUACGAGCCUCUCCUGCCUUCCUAAUCCUAUAGGCCCAUGCAUUAAAAAUGUUUUCAUUAUGUGGAAAACCAUUUGUAUUUGAUGGAUUUCCUGACCCGUCUGACACAUGGGAAAUAAUUGAGACUAUUGGCAAAGGGACCUAUGGUAAAGUUUUUAAAGUGGUGAAUAAGAAAAACGGAAGCAAAGCCGCAGUAAAGAUCUUGGAUCCAUUUCAUGAGGAUAUUGAUGAAGAAAUUGAAGCAGAAUAUAACAUACUGAAGGCUUUGUCUGAUCAUCCCAAUGUUGUCAAAUUUUAUGGAAUGUACUUUAAGAAAGACGCAAAGACUGGGGAUCAGUUGUGGCUGGUUCUGGAGCUGUGCAAUGGGGGAUCUGUUACUGAUUUAGCAAAAGGACUUCUGAAAAGAGGCGAAAGAAUGAAUGAAGCCAUCCUUGCUUACAUUUUACAUGAAGCUCUUAUGGGCCUACAACAUUUGCAUAGUCACAAGACAAUUCAUCGUGAUGUUAAAGGGAACAAUAUCCUCCUGACUACAGAAGGAGGUGUCAAACUAGUGGACUUUGGUGUAUCAGCUCAACUGACAAAUACUCGUCUAUGUCGGAAUACAUCUGUAGGAACUCCAUUCUGGAUGGCGCCCGAGGUGAUUGCAUGUGAGCAACAAGUGGAUACAACGUAUGACUCAAGAUGUGAUGUCUGGUCUUUAGGCAUUACAGCCAUAGAACUAGGGGAUGGUGACCCUCCGCUGGCUGACUUGCAUCCGAUGAGAGCCCUUUUUAAAAUACCAAGGAACCCACCGCCAACACUGCGUCAACCAGAACUGUGGUCAACAGAGUUUAAUGACUUUAUUAGCAAGUGCCUUGCCAAAGAUUUUGAAAAACGCCCCAUGGUUUGUGAUCUGUUGGAACAUGCUUUUAUUAGACAAAUUAGACAGAAUGAAAGAGCACUUCAAAAGCAGCUAAUGGAAUUCAUAGAUAUCCACCAGCAAAUGGGGAUAAUGGAGAAGAAGAGGCAUGAGCGGAUUCAUACCAAGAAAGGCAACUUCAGAGAUUCUAUGACACCCAACCAGAAUGAUGUGGAUGACUUGGCAACACUAGAGGUCCUUGAUCAGAAUUCUGUAACGGACCAGCUCCAGAAACGCUACAACAGGGAUCAGAUAUAUACCUAUGUGGGAGACAUUCUUGUUGCAGUAAACCCAUUUCGAAGUUUGGAUCUAUAUUCAUCACAGCAUUCACAAACAUACAUUGGUGCAAAGAGGGCAUCAAACCCCCCACACAUCUUUGCUGUUGCUGAUAUAGCUUAUCAGUCUAUGGUGAAUUACAGUUCAGAUCAGUGCAUAGUUAUUUCUGGUGAGAGCGGUGCAGGAAAGACAGAGGGUGCUCAUCUUCUGGUCCAGCAACUCACUGUUCUCGGAAAGGCAAACAACAGAACAUUACAGGAGAAGAUUUUACAAGUGAAUAACCUGGUGGAAGCAUUUGGGAAUGCUUGCACGAUCAUUAACGAAAACUCAAGUCGCUUUGGCAAAUACCUAGAAAUGAAAUUCACCAAGAACGGAUCGGUAGUAGCAGCUCAGAUAUCUGAAUAUCUCCUGGAAAAAUCCAGAGUUGUCCAUCAGGCUAUAGGAGAGAAAAAUUUCCAUGUUUUCUAUUAUAUUUAUGCCGGGUUGUUCGAAAAGAACAAGCUUGUACAUUAUAAAUUACCGGAAAACAAGCCUCCCAGAUAUCUGCAAAAUGAGCAUAUUAAAAUGGUACAAGACUUUAUGAAUAACACGUUCUAUAAAAGUCAGUUUGACUUAAUUGAACAGUGUUUCAAGGUAAUAGGAUUUACAAUGGAGGAACUCGAAAGUGUGUACAGCAUACUCGCUGCUAUCCUGAAUGUCGGGGACAUUGACUUCACUUCAGUGGCAUCAGAACAUCAGAUAGACAAAAGCAAUAUCUCCAAUCCAUCAGUACUUGAGAACUCUGCCUCCUUACUUUGCAUCCAACCGGAUGAACUACAAGACGCUCUCACAUCCCAUUGUGUGGUGACUCGCGGGGAAACUAUUAUUCGUCAGAACACUGUGGAGAAAGCAGCUGAUGUCAGGGAUGCUAUGUCCAAAGCCCUGUAUGGACGGCUGUUUAGCUGGAUUGUGAACAGAAUUAAUGCUUUACUGAAACCAAGUGAAGAAUUGAGCGAGGACGACACAGGAUACAAUAUUGGGAUUCUGGAUAUCUUUGGCUUUGAGAAUUUUAAGAAGAAUUCUUUUGAACAACUGUGCAUUAACAUUGCAAAUGAGCAAAUACAAUUCUACUUUAAUCAACACAUAUUUGCUUGGGAACAGAAUGAAUAUUUAAAUGAAGACGUGGAUGCAAGGGUUAUUGAGUAUGAAGAUAACAGACCUCUUUUGGAUAUGUUCUUACAAAAACCAAUGGGCCUACUGUCACUUCUCGAUGAGGAAAUUAGAUUCCCGAGGGCAACUGACCAGACACUUGUAGAAAAAUUUGAAGAUAACUUGAAAUCAAAGUAUUUUUGGAGGCCGAAGGGAGUAGACCUAACAUUUGGAAUUCAUCACUAUGCAGGGAAGGUUCUCUACAAUGCAGCUGGCUUCCUAGAAAAGAACCGCGACACUCUUCCAGCUGACAUAGUGCUUCUUCUACGUUCAUCCGAAAACAAUCUCAUUCGCAUAUUAGUAACUAAUCCCCUAACAAAGACAGGCAAUCUUGCACAUACGAAAACCAGGGCACGAAUAAAUUCACAAUCGUGGUCAGCGCAGAAGACGUCCAGCAACAACAAGCAGGGAGAUUUUGGAGACGCCCGUCAUCCCAGAGAGACCACCAAUAUGAAAACACAAACAGUGGCUUCGUAUUUUAGGUAUUCCUUGAUGGACUUAUUGUCAAAAAUGGUGGCUGGCCAGCCGCAUUUUGUACGUUGCAUCAAACCAAACAAUGAUCGCUUGCCCAGUAAAUUUGAUCGGGAAAAAGUACUAGUGCAACUGAGGUACACCGGUAUUCUGGAGACGGCAAGGAUUCGCCGGCUUGGGUAUUCCCACCGUCUUCUUUUUGCUAACUUUAUAAAGCGGUACUACCUUAUUUGCUUUAAGUUUCAUGAAGACCCUCCAGUAAGCCCAGAAUGCUGUGCAGCCAUACUAGAAAAAGCAAAUCUAGACCAAUGGGUAUUAGGAAAAACAAAGGUUUUCCUCAAAUAUUACCAUGUGGAACAGCUGGACCGACUAAUAAAAACUAUAGUUGGCAGAAUUGUUUUUCUUCAAUCCUGUGUCAAAGGAUGGCUGGGGGCAAAGCGAUACCAAAAGCUGAAGUUUAAAAGAGAGCAAAGUGCGGUGACAAUACAAUCCGCUUACAGGGGUCAUGUUGUACGUAAAGAAAUACACACAAAGGCAGAGAAGAUGGAAGAUUUCAUUACAAAGUUCCAAGCACGUGCCAGAGGCUACUUAGUAAGGAAGAAAAGGAAGGACAUGCUGAAAGAAAAGGAUGACGCGGCAACUACAAUCCAAUCUCACUACCGCGGCUUCAAGGAGAGAAGGAGCUUUCAGAGAAAAAGGGAAUCAUUGCAGAGGAAACAAAGUAAAGAUACACAUGACAUGACAAUAAUUGAUCAAUCAGAGGAGAAGACUGACACCGAACAACCAACUAAUGCCAAAAGUGAAGAUGAAGCAGCCGUGGUAAUACAAAGCCAUAUCAGAGGUCACCUGCAAAGGAAGCAUAUGAAAGAUGGACACCAAAGAAACCAAGAUGAAGAGAACUUACAGCAUUCUGAACAAGAAAUAGAAGAUGCCGUGGGGCAGGAAAAUAAUCGGGUGGAGUCUAAAAUGGACAUCGAUGACGAUGCUUGUCUGGAGCAGAAAAAUAACUCCGGUGACUUAGACGUUGACACAAAUGAUAAAAGAGAAGAUAAAGAUGAAGCUGCUACACUUAUUCAAAGCAACUACCGUGGCUACAGAGAUAGAAAUAAACUCCAAGAGGAGAGGCAGGCAGAGAAAAAAAGUACAUCCUUGUCCAACAGUCAUGAUAUGAAUCAUGACACAGACAGCGAAAUCCAAAAAGAUCUCCACCAGGUUGCUGGGGAAAAGAUAUCCAUAAAGGACGAAGAAUCCUAUGAGAACAGUAUAGAACAUCUUGAAAACCAACACGAUAAAGACAAGGCAGCCGUAGUCAUACAAAGUAAUGGUCAAAGAGAUGGAGAAAAACUAAAGAAAGAAGGAAAAUUAAAGAGGAACAACACAUUGGAAGAGGACAGAACAAGUAAUAAAGCACUGAGUGUGCUAAAGGAGAUUGAAGAUUUGGCCCUCUUUACAGAGCAGAUCUCCAGAUUGUCAGAGAACUAUUUAAUUUUACAACAAAGGCUGAAUGACAUGAUUAUGUGUAAUCAGCUAAAAUCAGAGACCACUGCUGUUUACUUAAGGGGAAAGAUGAUGACGGAAAAUGAUCUGCAGGAAAAUGAAAUAGUAACUUCACAACUAGAAGAUGUCAAACCUCAGAGGGUCACUAGAAGACAGAAACCAAAGACAUUAAGCAGCCCACAUGACUCUACAUACUACAAUCUUCUACAUUUGCCAUACAAAGAUGAAAAACGCAAACCAAGAAAAGAAAGUCCAGGCAAAGUAUUGGAAUCAGAAGAUUAUUAUAAAGAAAUCUAUUCCAACCAUUCAGUGUCAAUAAAUAAUCCCAAAACACAUGAUGGUUUUUCUGCCAUGGAAUUUUCAAUCCUAACCCCAACUAAGAGAUCUUCCACUGCAGAUGACCCACAGCAAACAAAUCAAAUGGAAGAGAACCCAUAUGACUAUAGGAAACUGCUCCGAAAAACAUCUCAGCGUGAUCGCCUUAUGCAUCAUUUAUAACUUUAUUAUUAGGUUAUUAUUUCAUUAUUACUGUACCGAUUUGCGUUGUUUGGGUAUGUGAUGCUUUAUUAUAUAAAAUGACAUGCAGCAAUUUAUUAGAUUAGUUCAUUUGAACUAUAACUAUGCAAAAAUAUGUUUAUACAGUGCAUUAUUUACAAGGACGUCCAUGAUUUUUGAACAUGUUUUUAUAAGUUUGAUAUUUUAUAUGGAUUGGGUUCUUCCCAUUCAGGCCAUUCUCUCUAUAUUGUGCUAACUCCAUUACUUGUCUUUUCCUUUGCAUUUGCCAUUUUCUGGUAGUUGCCCUGGAUGGCAGAGUUCAAAUGAUAGAUUGCAGGCAGAUUCAGCAGUACUUUAAAUACAGUAUGUACAAGGCAACAUGUCCCCAGUGUUUUAGGAAGAGGGUAAGAGGGUAGGAGCGCGUAUAUAUCAAUGCACAACCACACAUCCCAUUGUGGUACUGUAUCGGCAGGAGGCAACAACAUCCGAGUUUGACGGAGGUGCAGGAUGCCGGAUGUUUUUUAAAGUGGCAGUUAUUUAUAAGGCAAAAGCAUGCCUUGUACAUGACUGCUGCUAUAUACAAAAAGUCUGAGAAUAUUCUGUCGUAAAUUCACUAUAUA